CAAUUAUGUAUUUUAACAAUUAAAUAUGGGCCAUUUUGUGGAAAAACAUGAAGAUGACCAAUCAUAAAGAGCUAGGCAAAGAGCUCUUUAUACCAUUUAUAACAGUAUUCGUGUUAUUAAUGGUACAAAAAGAUGAUAAUGGUACUGGGGGACUAUUCAUGGCAAUUAUGGUACCAGUUUACAUUCCCUCUUGUUUUGUAGGGUUAUGUAGAUAAUUGUUGGUAGAAUAUGUACAUGAGAAGACAAAUAAGUACAGAGAUUUAUAUAAAGUAUAAUAAAUUCUUAACAAUAGAUAAUGGGAAUGAAAUUGUAAAAUUAUCGAAUAGCAUGGUUUAUUACUUAUAUUAUAAAAAGCGUAAUAAUAGGGUCAUUGAUACUUCUAACAAUAUUGUAUAAAUUGGAGUUUAAAGCUUCCCUUGAAGUGUUAUUGUGCUUUAUGUUAUUUAUUAUGGCUUAAAUUGGAUAGACACUAUUAUUAUCAACUUUUUUUAGCAACUCUUAAUUGGCUGGUGAAUUCGGGUCAUUUUUUCAAACAAUCUUGUCAACAUUCUAUUUUGCAUCUUUAUAUAAAUUGGAAUUUUUGGUUUACGUUUGUCCUUAAUCAAUUAUUUCUUAUUACCUGAUGAACAUACUAAAAGAUAGUAGCAAUACAGAAGCAUUCUAUUAUUGUGUUAUAAGUUUAUUUAUCCAUCUAAUUUUGUAUUAUCUAUUCUUCAAUUUCUUGGAAGAUUAAUUUAUUAUUGGUGGUAAAUGUUUAUGGAAAAGGAAUAAUAAGACAGGAUAUGUUUAAUUCGUAGAUAAUAUGGAGGUAAUAAGUAAUGGUGGUGAGGAAGGUUUAGCAUUUACAUCGGUUGAAAUUGUAAAGUUAUUUAAGUAAUAUGGAGAUGUUUUAGCAAUUGAAAAUUUAAAUUUGAAGAUCUAUUCCUAAUAGAUACUUUGUAUUUUAGGAUAGAAUGGAGCAGGAAAGACUACUACACUUAAUAUAUUGACAGGAUUGAUAGAGAAAACCAGUGGUAAGAUAUUGUAUUUUGGAAAAAACUUUGAUAAGAAGAGAGAUGAGAUUUAAAAAUUAAUAGGGUUUUGUCCUUAAGAGAAUUUACUAUAUGAUUAAUUGACAGUAAAAGAAUCAUUGCAAUAUCAAUGUAUGAUGAGAGGCAGUGAAUUAGUUUCAGAAAUAGAAAUGUGGUUAAAUUUAAUGCAAUUAUAAUAAUAUUCAAAUUACAAAACUUAUGAAUUAAGUGGUGGAAAUAAACGUAAAUUAUAAAUUGCCUUAGCUUUGGUUGGAGGCUCUUAAAUUAUAUUUCUUGAUGAACCUACUGCCAGUAUUGACCCUGAAUCUAGGAGAUAAAUUUGGAAAAUAUUAAAGGAAAUCAAAUAGAUUAAUAAGACUCUAAUAUUAACUACUCAUUUUUUAGAUGAAGCUGAAGAAUUAGCUGAUCGAAUUGCCAUUAUGAAACAAGGAUCAAUUAAAAUCUAUGGAUCUCCUGAAAACAUAAAAAAAGAAUUGGAAGUUGGAUUCACUCUUACUUUUGGGAAUAUUCAAUCAUCUCAAUAAUAAUCAUAAAUUAAGUAAAUGUUUAAUGAAUUGGACUGUUCAAGUGGUUCUAAGCUUGAAUAUGACAAUAUUAAAUACAUUCUUAAUUAAAAUCAACUAUUUUCUAUUGUCGAGAAACUUAAUGAAUUGAAUAAAAUUGAUAACAUUAAAAUCAAUUUAAUUUAGAAUACUUUAGAGGCAGCCUAUCUUAAAUUAAACAAAGAUAAUUUAGAAGAUGAUAAAAUUAUUAAUGAGUACUCUUUUCCUAUUAAAUCCACCAAUGAUGUAAAAACUAAACAAUUACUCCAAAUUUCUGCUUUACUCUAUAAAAAAUAUUACAUUCUCAAAAGGAAUUUCACUUUACAAUUGAUGCUCAUAUUGCCUAUGCUUAUCUUAUUAUUUGCUUAUAUUUUUGGAUAACAUUUAUUAACAAGUGAAGAUCAAACCUAAUUUUUUGUAUCAUUAUUUAUCUCGCAAUCCUUCAGCCUUAAUUCAUCAAUAUUUAUUAACACACCAAUUCUAGAAAGAGAACUCAAAAUUAGAUAGUAAUUAAAAUAAAUGGGAAUGUCUCAAUUUACUUACAUAUUUGCAACAUUCCUUGGAGAUUAUAUUAUAAUAUUUAUUGUCACUUCAUUUAUUUAUGUUUUAUCACUUUAAGUUAACAUGUCCCUUGAAUCAGAACAAUUGCUCAUUAUUUUAAGUUUAUUUGGAUUAUCGAUUAUUUCAUUUUCAUAUACAGCCUCAUUUAUGUUUAGUUCUAAUCAAAGUGCAUUUAAGAUAUUCCCUGUGAUCAAUUUUCUUUUUUGUUAUUUCCUACCAUCUAUGGUUGAUUUGCAAUUAUAAAAUCAAUACAGUGAAUUAUUUGCUUACUUAUUUCCACUUUAUACUUUAAAUUUGGCUUUGUAGAAUAAAAAUUAAGAUUAAGAUUACUAUAUAUAUUUUUUAGUAUAAUUUGUCUUAUUCAUGUUUUUAUAUUAAAUUUUAGAAAAACAUUUGAUAUUAUUUGAAAAUAGAAAGAAUCUGCAAGAUAGUAGUAAUAAUAAAUUGUAAAUUCAGAAUAUUUAAUUUGGUUAUAUUCAAAAUAAACAAGUGUUGAAAUAAAUUGAUCUUUAAUUAUCAUCACAAAAAAUCUUGACUCUUUUAGGUCCAAAUGGGGCAGGUAAAACUACACUCAUACAAUUAAUAACUGAUUGUCUUAAAUCAAAAUGGGGAAGUAUAAUGUAUAACAAAAAUAUGAUAAUAUCAUCAUGUUAAUAAUGUGAAGGUUUAUGGGAAGAUCUAACAGCUGAAGAAAUCCUCUAUUUGUUUGCUAGAAUAAAAGGUAGUAUUCGUUAUGUGAAAAAUGAAAUUUCAUAAAUUUUAAGAACUCUUUCUAUAAAAGGUAAAAUAGUGAAUAUGUCUGGAGGUCAAAGGAGGAAAGUUGCUUUGGCCAUUAGUCUAAUUGGAGAAAGUGGCAUGAUUAUUCUUGAUGAACCAUCAAAUGGACUUGAUCCAAUUUCAAGAAGAAAUCUCUAAAACAUGAUAAAAUCUCAUGUCCAAAAAAGAAAUAGUUCUAUCAUACUUACUACUCAUGAUAUGGAUGAAGCCUAAUAUUUAAGUGAUAGCAUAAGUUUUAUAAUCAAUGGAUAGUAACCUUUUCCAUAACAAAGUUCUGCAUAAUUAAUAGAAUAAUAUGGAAGUGGAAUCUUACUAUCCAUUAGAGCCAAGAAUAAGGAAGCUUUAGAUUAAGUGAUAUUGGCUUUUCCCCAACAUUAAAGGGAGGGAUUAUUAAUUGUUAUUAAAUUGGGAAAUGAAUAUGAUGUUCCUACAACAAUUAAAAUUCUUAAAAAUUUAUGUUAAGAAGAUUUGAUUGGAACAUUUACUAUUAAAUAGGCAAAUUUAGAAUAAGUCUUUUUAAGACAAUGCCGAAGAUAAUAUGAUGAAGAUUGA